UGUUUAUGGUACAACAAAAGGCCGCGAAAAAAAAUUACGACCGGGUUGCUUUAGGUUUGGUUUCCGAAAAAAAAUCUGCCCAAAAGGUGGGAAUUAUUCAGUAAUAUUUUGAAAGGAACAAACGUGGAGAUAUCUGGAGUGUUUGCGCUUUCGUCAGUAAAUUAAUAUCUGGAGGUCAGGCAAAGAUCAGACAAUCAUGGAGUGAAUUUAUGGUAGGCCUUUUGCGCCGCGAAUCAUCAUGCAUGUCACCAUCUGGUCAUGCGGCUUGUCAACAGACAGACCUCCGAUUGAGGCAGACCCGUGAGGUCUCUGUGCCUGUUUUCCUGUCAUGCCUGUCAUGUCAUGUUCUUUCUCCGUGCUUUGCUCAUGCAAGUACAUGUCAUCGCAACUUACUGUGGCUUUGAAGGCCUACUGAUGUCGUCAGUUUAUUUGCCUGGAAGUAGAACAUCGAUUGUCCUUAGUUUGGUUAUUGUGGAUCAGAUGUGCGCGAACCAUCAACCGGCCGGUUCUGGCUGUUCACCCAGCGGUAACCCAACAAUCGAUUCUCCCUAGAUCCAACUAAGACUGUAGACCCAAAAUCUUGCUCUCUGGCUGAGCUUCUUUUCAAACCCAGCUUAAAUUGGGACUUGAGUAGAGACUUGCCAAACACAAACUCAUCCAAUGGGCUCCAUCCGCCAAAUUGAAUUGGGCUUCAUUGUACAUUGAAGCGUCAACAAUGCUUGAUAGGUUUUCCCUUUUGCAGCAUGGCAAAAGUUCCGCCCCCAACUCCAUGCAGUCACGCCACUAACAAAAGAGGGCCAUCGGCCCCUCUCAGUGGGAGCUCUUCCGAGGGUGAAAAUUCCGAUCUGGAGGACAUACCGCCGUCACCAUGCAGCAGCACGUCAAGUGGCCCAAUAUACGUCCGGCCCGCCGGAUUUAAUCAUCAUGCGCAGGAAAUUGUGCAAGCCGUGCCAUUUCGGUCAUGCAGAUCGGUGAAGUUGAAAAAGAAGAUCAAGAAAAAUGCCCUGACGACAGACAACUUGCCCUGUCAGCAGGGGACUUUCUCUGGUUUCGACCAGAACAAUAACACGAAUAACAACAAUGUUCGAACGGCUGCGCCACCGAGCAAAGCGAAACAGAAGCCCAAAAAAGAUCCGCUGCCAAUGAAACUGCGAGCCUUACCUCAGUCUUUCUGGCAACAGCCGAAUUCAGUCAAUGCGGUACCUCCGGGGAGUAUGUACACGGUCCUUCCCCCCGUCUGCAAAACAGACCCGCCAUCUAUCGCCGAGAUAACAGAUACGCGGCCAAUUACACCGCCAUCAGACAGUGACGAGAAGGAAUCCCUCGCAGUCGUAAAAAGCGAGAAGCCCGAGAGAGCGAAAAGCACAGAAAAACCACAGCCGCAGGAUGCCGCCGCAUUGCGAGAAGGCGCCUUGGACGCGGCUGCUGUAGAGGUAGUAAAAUCCAAACCGCCCAAGCCUCCACCCAGGAGAACUGUGAGAGUGUCGGCAAGCAGUGCCGACCUGCUUGCCAAACUCUUCGACGGGAUCGAAAACGACAAGAAAGCACCGGUCGCCCCAACUGCCAAAAGAGGAAGACCUAAACGAGAAAGUAGCCACCCGCAUCAUAGUAAGCUUCUCGUUAAUAAGGACGACCCUUACAUGAUUGAUGCGGUGUCCGACAGCCUUCUGCCAUUGUUGAGCAUCGAGUCCAGCCGGCAGAGCGUGGGGCCGGCGUCGCACCUCUCCGUGGUGUCGGUGAAGGACGGCGACAAAACACUGACAUUGCCAGCCUUGAACGUCGAGCAGAACUACCCCGCCAUGCUCACGGAGCUCGUCAAGGCCUUAUAGUGGUCAUGAAGCUUCCUGCAUCUACUUCUUCAAAAUGUUCAGCGACAUGGUUCCAGAGGGUAAAUUGCAGUGGAAGAUUGGCAAUUUCCCAAGCUGUUUUGGUUUAAGACUGACUACAAGGGGGAUGUUGGACCAAACAUCCGAAGGAAACGGGAAGUCGGUGAAAGGAAAUUAUUCUGGUGUCUAAUGUGGUAAAGACAUUUAAACCAUGAGUGUGUGUUCUCCAGUAAUGUACUCGUACUCAGAAGCACAAGUGCUCGUACUCAGAAACCAGAAACUUGCACUCGGCUGGCAAUAUGUCCAGACUUUCAUUGUACUCGGCAAUCUGCAUACUUGGGGAAAAAAGUAUUCAACUACAACACUUGUUUUCUUGUGUGACCUUGUUACGUGUACGUGGGCUAAACAAAACUGACAGUGCUGGAGCAUUUUGCCGGACCGUUUUUUGGGCUUCAUUUAACACCAUGCUGCCUUCUCUGGUUUCAACUCCAAUUCAUCAUACGAACCUAAAAACUGCCAACUUUCUUUUCUUACAAUUUAAAUGUUGUUCGUACUUUUAUGUUACAGUCGUCUGUAACCUUGCAUUCCAACGACAACAAAUUUUGUCUCGGUGGAAAGACAUUCAUGUAUGCCUGUCUUGAUAUCAGAAAUUAUAAAAAAAUACAUGUUCAACCUUAAAACAUCCCACAAAAAAUGACUUACUACAUUUAUAUCAAUUCUAACACCUCAAGUAAUCCAAUUUGAAAGCACCUUGACUAAGAGAAACGUUUAUUCUAAUUUUGGUAGAAGUUACAUUUCAUUGUUUAACUGAAAUGACAAAUUCACGUUUGCAAACAUUCUUGUCUGUACAGGAUGCGUUUUCCGAACAUUUUAGAAAUAUAAACUAUUUUUUGGUCAUUGUUUGAAAAGUCAAAUAUAUUAAUAGUUUAAGUGACGUACUUAUCGUUGUAAAUAGCAAAAAUUCAUAUUGUACAAAGACUCGUUCCAGAGGUUAUUUUAUUACAAGUAUGUUGUGUGAAAAAAAAAGAGUUCUUAUAUUUAACUUAGAGCAGGUGAUUUGCGACUUGGACUGCGCGAAUCUUAUACAGACUGCCCUAUGACUGGGGCAUCAUCUAUUUUAGGGUGUGUAAAGUCUGCCAUUGAACUUCAAGUUAAAUUCAAAACCAUCAAUUAUUUCACAUGAUAUAAAAAUAUGGACAGGGUUCCAUAUGUGGAUGCCGCUUGACCCCCCGUGCAUUAACCCUUAGAGACUGGCCCGAAAAAUUCUAAGCAUUUUCUCAGCAAAUGACUCGGCAUUCCCCCCCCCCCCGAAUUGAAUUUUUCUAGACAUGUUUUUGCUGUCUGAUGGCUAAUGGGUCACUGUAGGGAAUAAUUACUGGCAUCCAUAUAUGGAACUCUUUCCCAAAAAUAUAUAGAUAAUGCUGUUUACCAGUUUUUUAACAAAAAUCAGGGUUUUCUGUCAGUUGUGUGAAAUUAGAAACAAUUUUGUGAUUCCUCUGAAAUCUGGAGUAAUUCAGUCUCCUUGGAAGAAGUGUUUGUCUUGAAAGAACAAAUUCUGGGAACGUAAUGUAAUACUCUUUGAAUACGUGUAGCUCAUGUCAGGAAUAUUUCAGAAUCUAUUUUCAGAACCAAAAACACUCAACCCUGUGAACCCAACAUUCGUACACUAGGUCACAGGCUUUUUAAACUGUUACAGUUGAGCCUCGUUAAUAAGAGCUCUGUUCAUACAAGAUUCUGCUUCUAACAGGGAUAAUUAUAAUUCCCAAUCCCUUGUUUACCAUUGUUUUCAUUCCUGACAAUACAAAGGUUCCUGUUAUAACAAAGUAAUUUGCCAAGUCCAAAGAGCCUUUUAUUAACGAGGUUCAAGUGUGUCUGGAAAAUGACACCAGUAUACUUGUGAACAAUGCAAGUUCCACACCGUUCGCCGUCUGUAACAGCUAGAUAUAGGUCUGCAGAUAAAAUCACCUCCUUCAGUCAGGGAUUGGCAGGUCACAUUUGUAACAUACCUGGCAAAUUCUGCGUUUUAUUGUACAGUAUGCUGUGCCAAAACCUUCAGUCAUGCUAGGGAUGAGUGGGUUCUUUUUGGUUUAAUCCUUUACUGGCAAGAUUGUCAAAAAGUACUGUUACGAAAAAUCACUCGAGGGCAUCCAGUCUGAUGCCUUCCACUUGGUGAAAAUGACGCGCAACUUUACGUAGCCUACUGUAGAGUGUUGAGGUCAUAAUUGUGUCUUGACGGUUUUGGCAUACAGUUUUAAAGCUCAGUAGUGGUUGUUAGACAAGCAUACAGGGUUGGAUUUUUGAGCAUGUGACCAAAGAUUUCACUCGAUUAAGAGGAGUAGAUGGUCGGGUUUGAACUUAUUUUAGCUAAACCACUUGUCAGUUUUUUCCAUACCAGUGUGCCCGUGUAUUCCAGUCCAGCGUAAGUAAAUUUUAAGGAAUAUUUUUGAUGUUGGUUGCAUCUCUCGUACAAUUGGUUGUAUUCAUGAAACUGGUUCCCUGUGCACCCAAGUAUGAAAAGGGUUGUUGAUGACCAGUGGUGGGACAGCACCCCCAGGCCUGAAUGGUCAAUUGGAUAGACCAAGCAUCCAUUGCCAGGCAGCGUUGGUCUAACUGUGGUCAUCACUCCAAUUGCCCUUACUUUAACUGGCAAAAAAUAGCCACUUUAAAGUCACGGACAAGCCUAGAUGCGAUGCGAUGCCUAAAUUAAUCUAGUUCUGUGAUCACCGAGACAGACAAGGCUUACAAAAAGUAUGUCAUUUCUGUUUUACAACACCCAUGAAUUCUGUACCGUUGAAUUUGAGAAGUCUAAGUUUCAAGCCAAACUAACACAAAAUUCUGUUGCAGUUACACUGACAAUUUAAUGAAAUCUUUUUCCCCGGCAAGGUACAAAUGUAUUUGCACCAGACACUCCAUAGCAGCCAUUUACAUGUAUACUCAACUGAAUAUCAUACCGCGAAUUUGCUUGCCAUAAAUAUGGACAUAGAGACAGCCCUAGCAGUGAUUGUUUGGUGAAUAGAGUAACUAGUCUGAUUGCUGUUGAUAUUUUCUCUCUGGGAGUGAGAGUGGUAGAAGUGGCUUGCUCUUGGCUACUGAAGAGACAGCAUCCAUGAAUGGGAUGUCAUGAUGGAAGCCGCUGCUCGGUCAUUUUAAAUACAGGUUACUGUUUGAAAAAAAAAAGUUUCUUUUUUUUUAAAGCUUUAUAACAAAAUGCUGCUUUAACAUGGAAUUUACUUUUGGUUUGCUUUGCUUUUAUUUUCCUUUUCGUUUUAUUUACUAUACAUGUAAAUCAUCCAACUUUUUAACUUUUGCUUUGACUGCUGUUGUUUUUAAAGUUGCAAAGUUUCGGUAGGGCGUGUGCUGCAGUCGGAUUUGCUAACUUAAAACCUAGUGCUGUGUGCUGUGAACAUCAGCUGUACAUUUGCAGCACUUCCAUUUGUCACAUGCAUUCGAUUAUUUUCUCUUGGUGGGGAUCGAGUCAUACGAGUGUAUCUGCUCAUGAUGAGAAAUAAAAUAAUUGGAGAUGUCUUUAUCAACGUCAA